AUGUUCGUUGAUGGUGAUCCAAUGACUCAUCAGGAAGCACUGUCCAGAUCUGAUGCUGAAUGCUGGAAGAAGGCCAUGUACGACGAGUACGAUGCGCUGAUGUCGAAUAGAACCUGGACACUCACAGAGCUACCGCCGGAUCGUAAAGCCAUUAAAUGCAAAUGGGUCUUCAAGACCAAGCAUGAUGCGAACGGGAACGUCGACAGGCAUAAUGCGCAUCUAGUUAUCAAGGGAUACUCGCAGCGAAAGGGGGUGGAUUACACCGACACGUAUUCACCAGUCGUCCGUCAUAGUUCUCUGCGGUAUUUGUUUGCCCUCGCUGCUAAGCACGAACUCACAAUCGACCAGUUAGAUGCUACAACUGCCUUUCUUCAAGGAUAG